CACUGGUACUACACCUCCACGUCUUGCUCGCGACGGACGGCCCUAACCCACCUGCCCUUACCUCCCUCACCACCCGCCUCCAGUACUACUGUAUAUCCUCGCUUUUGCUACUGGUUUUAGUACUUCCUCGCUUUUGCUACUGGUUUUAGUACUUCCUCGCUUGCACUACUUGCUGUCAGAGCCCCAAGGACAGAACACUAGGUAACAGAGGUAGUAGUGCCGGAGAUGGAAGGACCGAGUAUGAAGAAGCAGUGUGUGUCCGAGGAGGAGGUGAAGUCUUCCAAGAUGCAUGACAAGCCUACACGGAUGGAGGGAGGCCAGUACAUCAUUGAGGGGGAGGAGGAGGCCCAGAGCACAACCCUCAUCUUCUCCAUGAGUGAGGAGGUCGGAGCCCUCGCCAACGCGCUCAAGAUCUUUCAGGCCAACAAUGUUAAUCUGCUGCAUAUCGAGUCUCGACCCUCGAGGCGUGAGGCCAAGUACGAAUUCAUGGUGGAGUGCGACACUGCCUCAGGCGAUGUCGGGGCCGCCAUGGAACAGAUGAGGGCCCGUUGCUCCUACUUCCAGGUCAUUUCCAGGAAUCACCUCGAUAACAAAGACACUGUUCCAUGGUUCCCCCGUAAGAUCGCCGACCUGGACCGUUUCGCCAACCAGAUCUUGUCUUACGGAUCAGAGCUGGACGCUGACCACCCUGGCUUCACCGACGCUGUCUACCGCGACAGGAGGAAGUACUUCGCUGACAUUGCUUACCACUACAAGCAUUUCCAAGAAAUCCCCCGAGUGGAGUACACGGCCGAGGAAAAGGAGACUUGGGGAGUCGUGUUCCGUAACCUGACCAAGCUGUACAAGACACAUGCCUGCAAGGAACACAACAUGGUCUUCCCACUGCUUAUAGAAAACUGUGGAUAUCGAGAAGACAAUAUCCCUCAGCUUCAAGACGUGUCUAACUUCCUCAAAGAUUGCACUGGGUUUACGCUGCGCCCAGUGGCUGGUCUACUGUCAUCUCGAGACUUCUUAGCCGGGUUAGCGUUCAGGGUUUUCCAUUCGACGCAGUACAUCCGUCACUCCAGCAAACCGCUCUACACUCCUGAGCCUGACAUCUGCCACGAACUGCUUGGUCAUGCACCACUCCUAGCUGACCCUGCCUUUGCCCAGUUCUCACAGGAAAUCGGUCUGGCGUCUCUCGGAGCUCCUGACGAGUUUAUUGAAAAACUUGCCACGUGUUAUUGGUUCACUGUCGAAUAUGGAAUCUGUCAACAAAACGGAGAGAACAAAGCGUUUGGUGCGGGUCUGCUGUCGUCCUUCGGUGAGCUCGAGUACUGCCUCACAGACAAGCCAGAGCUGCUACCCUUCGACCCCGCCAAGACGAGCCUGCAGAAGUACCCCAUCACCGAGUACCAACCGGUCUACUACGUUGCCCAGAGCUUUGAAGAUGCUAAACAGAAGAUGAUACAAUUCGCCGCCACCAUCCCAAGACCAUUCUCGGUGCGGUACAACCCUUACACUCAGUCCGUGGAGAUCCUCAACUCGAAGCCACAGAUACAUUCGCUGGUGAGGGAGAUUAACUGCGACAUACAGGUCCUCAUGGAUGCUAUCGUAAAGCUCAACUAAGAAGAGAAUUACCGUGUAGUUCCAGAUUCUCAGAUUCUUACAAUAUUAUUUUUCCAUAACUAAUAAUAAGAGACCAAGUUACUGUAAUCUUUGGCCAAUUUUGGUGCCAUUCUGACCCUCAUCAUAUCUUAACCGAGACAUUAUAUGCAUUCUCUCAUCAUUUUAGGUGAGAUAUAAUACAAAUCUCUGAGAAUGUGGGACUUAGUCUGUGUCUAUGUAGUUUAUUAUUAAAGGAGAUUGUGACUGUACUAACAAGGCCAUCGUGUUUACAUGAUCAUCUCCAGUGAUAUUAUUCUCCUAAGAGUGUUUAGUUUGAUGGCAAAAUAUUUAGCAAGGACAGAGGCUACAGUGUUAAACCAUUUAUGAAAGGAGACGACACAAACCAGCCUACCUUGACCUUAAGUCCCAAGGUUAAGUUGGGUUUGUUUACGUUUGGUUGGUUCGUGUCGUCCAAGUUAACAGGUGGUCAAGAACUGUAGCCCCUACCCUGCUCCUGCACAGGAGUACUUUCUUAUACCGUACGUUUUAUAAACAUUCCAUAUUCACAGCUGUUUAUGUGCUUGGUUACCUAUAAAUACCUCUAAAUCAUCUGUCUGCGUGGAUUCUUUGAGGAUUUUCUGAGAGCAAGGUGAUAAUACAAUAGUAUCGAUGAUCUUGAGGCUUCACGUAAUGCUAUUAGAAAACCAACUCGCUCUCCCUGUCACGCUAAUCUCUCGUGUACCCCUCACACACACCGUUUUGUAAUCUCAACUCGGAAACUGCGAUUGUCCGCAGAAACUCAUCCCUUGUAGAGACAACAGUUACCCUCAAAUGGAACGACGCCAUUCGAAUGCUUGAUUAUCUAACCAAUUAAAGAGAAGUUGUAAUUUAAAAACCACACUGGACACGGGCAAGUAUUGUGGUAGAAACAAAUUCUGUCCCGUCGUUUUGUCUGUGGAUAAUAGUUGACAUCAGGGAACCAGUUUAUAAUAGGCGUUUUCAAAGCUAGUUUUAAGUAAUUAUUUUGAAGGCGUUUUUAGACGGAGAGCAAAUUUGAGAAGUAUAUACCAUGUAUAUCCUUGUGUGUUCUGUAAUUUUUAGAAUCAAAUUUUCAUAAGAUGAAAGUUCUUGAGAAUGCUGAUAAAAAAAUUUCAAGGCACUAACAGUUACAUUUAGUGAUGUAAGAAGGCUGCCAUAUUGAGCUAUUCUACGGAAGGGUAUUUAGUGUUAAGCUCUUCACUGGGUGUCUGGUUAUAUGGGUUCCAGUUCUAAUAAUCCUCAACUUUACCUAACCUCGAAAUUAUCCCCAGUCUUAAGAGGUCCAAAUCCUAAUGAUUGGCUAGGCUGGGAUCUAUUAACAGUAGAGUCCACUUGGCCUGUGCCCGUCGUGUGUACAUAAGUAGCAUCUCCCACACAGUAAAAUCUGUCUGUGGCAGUGCAAUAUUAUCUAUAAAAUAUUUGCACUCUUUUUAUUAAAGGAAUUAUCAUUUUCAUUAUAAUAAAUAAUGUAUUAUCAACAUA